AUGAGGUUUGAAAAAAAGAAUAUUUAUUGCAUCGUAAUAUUGACAAUCGUUCAAUUGGGACAAGUGUGCGCGGAAACGAUUGAUGAAACCAGCGAAAGAUACCGCCAAAAUCAGUUUGGUAGGAAUCCGGAUGAUGGCGGAGGCAAACUUUUAUCACGAAAAAGACGAUUUUUAUCAUUUCCUGAAGGAAGUUCGUUUCAAGUAGUUUACGAUCAAACUAUUCCCAUCGUGGGUAGCACAUUGCUGUACACCGUGGGCGUGACGGUUGCCGCGGCCUGGCAACUGCCAAACGUAUCCCCAUUCGAAGUCCUUAGGUUGCUUCGAGAGAAAAUAGCCGGCGGAUCUCUGCUGCGUCGAACGGAUCAGAACGUUAAUAGCACGACUCUAAUCGAUACUAGCACCAGCUCCUAUGAUCAAUACAAUAAGCAUUCGUUCUAUUACACCGCACAGAACAAUCAAAGUAAUUACGCCGGCACAAGUGGGACGAAAAAUAUUUUGAACAAUUAUUACAAUACACACGCGCAGCAGCAAACAGCGCCAGGUGGUUCAAAUCGAAUAAAUUAUUACACGAACGGGAACGACAACGUUUUUGGAGGACAAAAUAAUAAGUACGGAACAAAGCCAUGGCCACAACUGGAUAGCAACGCAUUGUACGAUAGUUUUCCCCCGAGUUUUGUGCCGCCAUUCAAUUCAACCAGAAACGAUUGGGGUGGACUCGUUAGCAGAUACAUACAGGCAUGGAUUCGAAGACAUCCACCAGACUAUCCAAUUACCAGCAAACGGUACUAUCCCGUGUUUGGCAAACGAAGCAUCGACGAGCAUACCCAUCCGGAGGACAAAUACUUCCUCGAGCAUCACCGAGCGACGCGACAUCAGUUGUACCGGAAAAUUGAAACUUUCUUAGAAGGGCAGAGCAAACAUGGACAUCAUUGUGUGCUAAGAGCUUUAUGUGAAAGCGGUCAAAGGAAAAAUCAGAAAAAACCAGAAUCGUUUCUACGGGAAAUUCUCAAGGCUAUAUUUAGUUUACCUUCCACACACGACCUGCCGGUUGAUUAUACGCAUCGAACAUACGACGAAGCUCACGCGCAUACAGGGGAUUGCGAGGACAGGUAUCCAUUCUGCAAGGACAGUAUCUGGUCCGAUGACUUUGUUUUCUGA